AUUGACAUUUCAAUGAUGCGGAUUCUAGGACGACGCUACCUUACUGAUUAGGCUUGGUUUGUAUAAAUGAGUAGACAUUCUAUGUUUCAUCAAUAUGAAGGUCUUUCUAGAGGGGUCUUAAGUCCAGUUAAUUAUGUGAGAUGUCAACAAAUCAAUCAACACCUAGUCAAUAGACUAGGUUUAGAAACUAGCCUUCAGGGUCAUCAUGGUUGUGUUAACUGCUUAGAAUGGAAUGAGCGUGGUUCCUAUCUUGCUAGUGGUUCAGAUGAUCGACGUCUAAUUAUCUGGGAUCCAUUUGAACGUAAAUCUCUUUUAACAAUGAACACUGGUCAUAUGGCGAAUAUAUUUUCUGUUAAAUUCUUAUCUAGUCUGAAUGAGAAUCUCAUUGUAACGGGUGCAGCUGAUAACAAAAUUCGUGUACAUGACAUUAAAGCAUUAGAAACGCGGCACGUAUUUUCUUGUCAUUCAGGUCGCGUUAAACGAUUGGCGAAUACUCCAUCUGAACCAUUCUUAUUUUGGUCAGCCUCGGAAGAUGGAACCUGUAGACAGUUUGACCUACGAGAUCCUGAUCAGACUUCUGUAAAUAAACCAUGUAACGUAUUAGUCAAUUUACGAUUUCACGAUAACGUUUUUGCCGAAGCUAAGUGUAUUGCAGUAAAUCCAUUAAAGUCUGAGUUGGUUGCUAUCGGUGGAAAUGAACCGUUUGUACGAAUGUUUGAUCGACGUAAAUUAACACUUUCUACGUAUGAUAGUGCAACACCACAGGAGAGAAUACAAUCUGCAUCAAGGAGAACCCCUACAAACAUUCCAUCAAGCUCGCUGCCUUCAUUUCCCUAUGGUGCAGCUAAAUAUUUUGUUCCAUCUCAUCUACCUGGUAAAAUAUUAACUGAUGGUUUAGACAAUCAAACUUUCAGUGUAACAUCAGUCAGUUUUAGUUCAGAUGGUGAAGAACUAUUAGCUAAUAUUGGACGUGAUAAUAUUUAUCUAUUUCAUUUAGCUUCACAAAAUGAACCAUUUCAAUGUCAAUCAUCGUUUAAAUCAACUAGAUUAUUGUAUAGUUUAUCUGCAAUGCAACGAAGGGAUAGGUUUCGUUCGUUUCGUAUUCCUAUCUGGUUUCGUCCUUCAAAUAUGGGAUAUUAUGAUUCUUAUUCGGGUUCAACUUAUGAUUACCGUUGUAAUUCUUCUAUGGCUUCUAAUUACUCAGUCGUACUGGCUUCGCGAUUAAUUGAAGCCAAGAUGUAUGCUGGUGCAGUUCAUAAGUAUAAUCAACUUAUUCAACAGUAUCCUUUCUGUCCUCAACUGUAUACAGGUCGCGCUACCGCUUUAAUUAAAAGAAAUUGGAAUGGCGAUAUUUAUAAUGCGCUAUUGGAUUGCCGAAAUGCUAUCCAACUAACUACUCAAAGCAACAAUGAAUCUCUCAGCAUCCAAAAUAACAAUACCAUUAAUAAACACCAAUUGUUAAGCAGUUCCGUUUACCUUACAGCUCUAUUACUUUCAGUUCGAUGUUUAUUAUGUUUGGAUUGGUUAAAUGCUGCUCGUAUUCAGCUCAAACAAGCACUGGAAAGCUUUCCCAAUCUCUUCAAAAAUAUUACGCAUCAACAGAUUUCAGAUAAAGCGCUUAUUGCACCUACUAUCAUUGCUUCUUCUUCCUCAUCAUCUGCUAACGCACCAACAAUCAAUACCACUGAUACAGAUCCGUCCAAGUAUGUUUGCAAAUCAGAUAACCUGGUUAAAGUGUUCGAACAUUUAAAGUCUACAUUGUUGGCGAGAGAAAAACAAUUAGAAUCACAAUCUAACAAGUUGAAAAGAAAAGAAAAGCAAGUUAGUGAAAAAAAAACAGUACAUAAUAUUAAUGAUAACAACGAUACCAAUGAUGAUGACGACAAUGAUGCCAAAGGACCUACAAUACCAAGACCAGAAACUUUAUCUUUCUUGAAAAGCGAUAACAUAUGUGAACAAAUAUCAUCAGAAUCUUGGGAUUGUCCAAGUCUCGACAAUCGAAUUAAUCCAAAACUAUGUGCUUGUUUAAACUGCUCAUGUAAUCGAAUGUGGAUAGAAGAGGAUGAAAGAGAAAGGCGAAAAAAUGCCAUCGACUUUUCAGCAUCUUAUAUUGGUCAUUGCAAUUCAAUAACAGAUAUUAAAGAAGCAAAUUUCUUUGGGAGCUAUGGGCAAUAUAUUGUCGGUGGGUCUGAUUGUGGUGCAUUUUUUAUAUGGGACCGAAACACAACUAAUAUAAUGCGUAUAUUGAAAGCUGACAGUUCUACUGUGAACUGUGUUCAACCUCAUCCGUCUAUUUGUUUGUUGGCAAGUUCCGGAAUUGACUCUGUUGUAAGACUAUGGUCACCAAAUUGUGAAACAUUUCGCGCACAACGUUCCGUUUCACAUGAAACUACAUCAAAUGCAAUGAUUCAGUCUGCAUUAACUUGUUUUAUUUUGAAUUAGUUCAACCUGCACUGUAUUUUUGUUUCAUUUCCGAUCUCUAAUUCAUAAUAGAUUUUAAUCCUGAUAGAAAAUCAAUAGUGCUACGGAGUUAUAUGAUUGACUAGCCUCAUUUUAAUAGAUGAUUCAUACUAUACCUUUAAAGACGCUUAUUUUGUCUUCCCCUUUUUUGAAAGAAGCUAUUCAAAUUUCAUCAUAUCGCUGAAGAUUAUGUGUUAUGUUUUUGUGAUAACUUACUACAUUGAAAUAAUCGACAUUUUUCGUUACAGUCUUGUAUUCUCAGUUAACACCAUUCAAAUAAAGGUUAAAGGGGAAUUUGUAGAUACACUCAUUUUUUUAUAAUGGAACGAUUGAUUCUAUAAAAAUAAACUGCUGUAACUUAGGCCCUCUUCGAGUCUCAACGAAACAUAUUCCGAAAUACAGAACUAUUGACUAACGUAAUGUGUAUCAGGAAAUUAAAACUAAAUUAAAUAUUAGGUAAAAGUUCUUUAAUAAAAGAUCAAAUUAAAGGUCACAUGAUAAACACUGACCUUUCACUGUAGCUCAUCAAGUCAAUUAUGUUUGGAGUCUAACAGCUGUAUUCUAAACUGUAUAUACUAUGAUCUUGGAUAUCAUUGUGAAUCAUCAUCACCAAAAAGUGAGUAGCAUGUCAAUGAUCAUCUAAUAUUAGUCGUUAUACUUAGGUAAUCAACAUCCCAACAUUUUUGAAUAGCUUCGUUUUCGAAUUACAUAGUUUAUUAUCAACCGUAAUCAAGCAUGUGCAAAUGUAAAUUGUUUUCCUUGUUGUGAGUUUCUGAUUAGUGAGAGUUAAAAUGAAUUUGACUGUAAUAAUAUAGAUUUUUCGUCUUAUUCAUCUGAGAAAGAAUUGCUUGUAUCUGUUUAUUUAUUUUUGUUAAGAGGAAUAUUCAAUGUGACUUUUUAUUUUCAGGAAGACCCUGAUCAAUCACGAGUUGUUAGAAAUCAAGUUGGAGCAGCUGAACGGAAUCAACAACGUUCUAACGCUGAUCCUCUGGAAAUAAUGCUGUUAAAUAUGGGUUAUAAUUUUCGUGGUCUUGAUUUUGAUUCUAAUAGAGCUAGAAGAUCGAGAAAUCGUGAUUGUACUGAUGAACAGAAUAGCGAAGAAGAGAAUGAAUCCAGUGAUGAUGACGAUGAUGAUCAUAAUAAUAACCAUGACAACAUCAAUUUCGAAAGGGAUUCUUAUUCUACACUGCAACCCUCUGGAAAUGAAACCCAUACUAAUGCCAAUCAUCCUGCUGGAAGUCUUGGCGACACAUUGCAUAGUGAAUCUGUUCUGAAUAAUGUGAAUUUAGUGAAUGAAAGCAUUGAAGGAGUUGGUCAAACUGAUAGUCAAAAACGUACUGGGAAUGAAUCCAUUGAUUUGUCUUGUCAGUUAGGUUGUUCUCAAGCACCUAAGCAAAAACGAACAAAAACAGGAAGUUUAUCUGAUGAAGAAACCUCUUUUCAACCAUCAGUUGCUGCUAUCAUAUUCAAUAGUGAUUCGAGUUCUGAUGAUGAUGAGCCUAAUGCUACUUCAGUAGAGAAGAAUACACAGUGUAAACGUAAUCGUUCACGUCGAAUACAGUCUAGUCAAAGUCGACAUAUAAGACGUAUUCGUACACGAAGAAUACCAAUUAGUGCCACUUUUUCUGAUUCCGACAUUGUAACUACUCCGUGGUUAAUUGAUUUUUUCCCUAUUGAAGUUCAUUCAAUCAAUUCACAGUCAACAGUAAAUGAAACAUUAAGUGAGCGAGAAGAGCCAGAACAAGAGGAACGAAGAAAUACUUUUCAAGAGGAUGAUGAUAGAGACGAUGAUAACAGUAUAUCAGAAGUCUCUUGCACUGUCACUUGAAUAACUACUCCUUUCCCCCACAUCCAUCUCCAUCCACAAUGUAUUCCAAAUAUCAAUUGUUCAAAGAAAACAAUAUGUUGUGUUUUGCUGGGAUACUUUGAUGAUAAUUCCGCUAACUAAAAUCAUUAUUACCUAAUUUUGCUACUUUUUCUGUGUUGCUGAUCUCUAUUGCUUUGUGUUAUUGUUCUCUUUUUCUGUUUUUGUUCAUUGUGUCCACUUAUAGAUUCUUUUAUUAAAUUUGAUAUAGUCAAAUUACGAUUCUUCUGUUCACUGAGAAUUGUAUGACAUGGUUGUUAACUUAAUUGGUUGUACAUGUGUACUUAUUUGUUUUAGUAACUGGAAUUAACUGUAAACCACCACUUGUUUCAUUUAAUUCAUAUUAAAAACAGACUGUUGUUCAGUUUUGUAAAUGUAAGAAAUACUUUUAAGCUGAUGGUAUUAAUAAACUUAUUAAUUUGUGGAAUUUGUUUUGCACGAACAUUUUAUCAAAUAUUUGUUAAUAUAGUCAACUUUUUGAAAGUGAGUUAAGUAUGUUCGUUAUUUACCAUUAUUAUUGUUAUUGUUAUUCAUAUGAAUACUAGUACAACUGCAGAGUAAUAUAUCAAAACACGAAAUUGUUUCGAUCUUAUAAGAAAGUCUGGAAGUAAUUUAGCACUAAUUCUUAACUACUUGAAAUCUUAGUGAUUGACUUGAUGAGUACUAAGAUGAAAUGGUUUUUUAGGUUAGUGAUGAUGGUAACGAGAUAAACUAUUUUUCGGUUUGUUAACUGAUAUUUUGUCC